AGGCUGCUAAUGGAACCGCUCGGAGCCGCGGGCUGUGUGAACAUCGGCAGCUUGACGAGCACUUUGCCGGUGAUUCCGUACCAGAAGCUGACGGACCUGUACUACCUGAGCAGGGGGGGCUUCGGCACCGUGUUCAAGGCGCAGCACUCCGACUGGAGGACAACCGUGGCCAUCAAGUGCCUGAAGCUCGACUCUGUGGGAGAAAGAGAGAGGAAAUGCCUGCUGAAGGAGGCUGAGGUCCUUCAUAAAGCCAGGUUCAACCACAUCAUCCAGAUCUUUGGUAUCUGCAAUGAACCCGAGUUCUUCUGCAUAGUCACCGAGUUCAUGAGCAAUGGAUCCAUGGAUCUGCUGCUCCACGAGAAGGAAAUGUACCCUAUCCUUGGCUGGCCUUUGCGCCUGAGGAUUCUGUAUGAGAUCGCCCUCGGGGUAAAUUUCCUUCACAACAUGACCCCGCCUCUCUUACACCAUGACCUAAAGACGCAGAACAUACUGUUGGAUGGCGAGUUUCAUGUGAAGAUCGCAGACUUUGGUCUCUCUAAGUGGCGACAGCUGUCUGUCAGUAAAGGUUCUGGGUCCAAGCCCACAGAAAUGGAGGGCACAGUGAUCUACAUGCCCCCCGAGGAGUACGAACCAUCCAAGAACCGACGAGCAGAUGUGAAGCAUGACAUGUACAGUUAUGCCAUAAUUAUGUGGGAAGUGCUGUCCAGGAAGAUACCAUUUGAAGAGGUGAACAAUCCCAUGAAGAUCAUGUUCAGUGUGCUGCGUGGGAAUCGUCCCGACACCAGCCUGGAGAAUUUGUCUGCCGACAUCCCCAGUAGAGAGACUCUAAUCAGCCUGAUGACCUGCGGCUGGACGGCUAACCCUGACGAACGACCUUCUUUCCUCAAGUGUUUAAUUGAGCUUGAGCCCAUGGUGAGGAAGUUUGAUGACAUAGACUUCCUGGAGGCUGUGCUGGAGAUCAAGAGGGCAAAGCUGAAACAGAGAACAGGUUGUUGUUCACCUGAGCCGGUUUGUGAGAAGAGAAACGAGCAGGAGUCGCUGAUUAUACUGAAGAACCGACCCAGCCUCUGGCCCAUGGAGCACUCCACAUCAGGUUCUGGCUCAGGAUUGUGCUCCUAUCAGGACGCAGACAUCUCUCUACCAAGAGCCCUCACCAUCAGCAGUGCUCCCUCCUCUAAAGAGAGCCUUCCAUCCUCCUUCAUAGCUCCUAAUCUGGAGGCUCCAGAGUCUUUGAAGGAUCCCGGACAGCCUAACAAUGUGAACGGCUUUGAGGGCGCCAAGCCUCUGAAUGAUUUAAAUAUGCCUGUCAAACCGGUCCUGCCUGCCACGGAGUUGGAAACACAUGUGGAUAAUUCCACCCUCAAAGCUAGUAACACUUCGCCUGUACAACACUCUCCCUCGUCUCAAGGCCCCAUCGCCCACUGGAUCGCCACGCGACGAGAGAACAUCGUCUCCCAGAUGACAGAGGCCUGUCUGAACCAGAGUUUGGACGCGCUGGUCGCCCGCAACAUGAUUAUGCGAGAGGAUUACGAACUAAUUACCACUCAGCUCACACGCACUGCCAGAGUCCGUCAGCUGCUGGACCACUGCCACAAACACAACGAGGACUUCUGCCGAAUCAUCGUCUGCAAGCUACUCGAAAACAAGCAGGGAGGCCUGCAGCCGUAUCCGCCUGAGAUCACCUCCCCGACGACUGCCACCCCCAGCGUGCCCCCACUGUCCAUGUCCUACAACAUCCCCAGGAACAUGUAG